CAGCCAGCAUCUUGCAGCAUAAUGCUUACAAGACGGUAAACGGGGAUUGAUUCAGCAUUGCAAUCGUAAUUUCUAGGCUAUACCGGUAUUUUUUUCUUCCAUCGCUGCAUUUUUUUCUAGUUAUCUCCAUGUUCACUUGUAUCUUUCUGUGUGUGCUAAGUCGUUAAAUGUCUCUCGUCGGAAUGUUUUGAACAGAACUGUCACCGGCCUAGGAUCGUCGUCAGCUGGCACGGAAUGGUAUUUAUGAGCAGGCAUUUCUUCUAUUACUGCGGUGAACCAGUCCUAGAUGUGAAAAUAGCCUUUUGUCAGGUGUGUGUUCCUUACAGGUAAAAUAAGGGUUUUGGUAAACAAUUGGAUGUGUCAUACAUUGGCAAGCAUUACAACAUGAGCAAAUGCAAAGUGGACAACCAGUUCUACAGUGUGGAAGUAGGAGAUUCCACCUUCACAGUUCUCAAACGUUACCAGAAUCUAAAACCCAUCGGUUCAGGGGCUCAGGGAAUCGUCUGUGCCGGGUACGAUGCAGUCCUCGACAGAAACGUGGCCAUCAAGAAGCUCAGCAGACCCUUUCAGAACCAGACCCAUGCCAAGAGGGCAUACAGGGAACUGGUGCUCAUGAAAUGUGUCAAUCACAAAAAUAUCAUCAGUUUAUUAAAUGUUUUCACACCACAGAAAUCACUAGAAGACUUUCAGGAUGUGUACCUGGUGAUGGAGCUGAUGGAUGCCAACCUAUGCCAGGUGAUUCAGAUGGAGCUAGACCAUGAGAGAAUGUCCUACCUGCUCUACCAGAUGCUGUGUGGCAUCAAACACCUGCACUCAGCUGGAAUUAUACACAGGGACCUGAAACCAAGCAAUAUAGUGGUGAAGUCUGAUUGUACGCUGAAGAUCCUGGACUUUGGCCUGGCAAGGACUGCAGGCACCAGCUUCAUGAUGACUCCGUACGUGGUGACACGGUACUACAGAGCUCCAGAGGUCAUCCUGGGCAUGGGGUACAAAGAGAACGUGGAUAUAUGGUCGGUGGGGUGCAUUAUGGGAGAAAUGGUGCGUCACAAAAUCCUGUUCCCUGGCCGUGACUAUAUCGACCAAUGGAAUAAAGUGAUUGAGCAGCUGGGCACACCCUCACCAGAGUUUAUGAAGAAGCUGCAGCCCACUGUCCGUAACUAUGUAGAGAACAGACCCAAAUACGCAGGCCUCACCUUUCCCAAGCUUUUCCCCGAUUGCCUCUUCCCUGCAGACUCAGAGCACAACAAACUCAAAGCUAGCCAGGCCAGAGAUCUGUUGUCUAAGAUGUUGAUUAUUGAUCCAGCCAAGCGGAUACAAGUGGAUGAAGCCUUACAGCACCCCUACAUCAACGUUUGGUACGACCCAGCCGAGGUGGAGGCGGCCAGGGAUCUCGUCCAAAUAUCAAUGCCUCCUCCUGCUAUCUACGACAAACAGCUGGAUGAGAGAGAACACUCUAUCGAUGAAUGGAAAGAACUAAUCUACAAAGAGGUGAUGAACUUUGAGGAGAGGACGAAGAACGGGGUGGUGAAGGGACAACCCUCUCCCUCAGGUGCAGCCGUGAACAGCAGUGGUGAGAGCCUCCCUUCCCCCUCCGUCAACGAUAUCUCCUCCAUGUCCACCGACCAGACCCUGGCCUCAGACACUGACAGCAGCCUGGAAACCUCCGCAAGACCCCUGGGGUGUUGCAGGUGACUAGCAGCCUGCCUGCGCAACCCAAUGUUCUUCAGAAGGUGAAACGCAAUGUCCAAACAACCAACCAACCCACCAAAACCUGAAAAAGAACAAAGAUUAUUAAAAAGAAAAAAAGUAUCAUCUUAAAAGGGAUUUAAGAAAACAUAAAGAAUAAUGAUUAUGAAAGUUACGCUUGCAUUUUCAUUCAAAAAGAAAAAACAAUGAAAUAUGAACUUCUUGUUGCUUUACUUAUACACCCCAUCCUUCCCCAAAAAUAUGGCACCAUUAAAAAAAUGUUUUUAAAAACACUGAGACAGUCAUCUUUCUGUGAAGUGUAAAUUGACCGGCUGCUGGUAACCAAAAUUCCUUGCAGGCGCCUGUUCUUCAGUCGAUGUGGCAAAGUGGGCCCUUUUCAUACAUUACUGUUCAGCAAUAUACACUGCUCAAAAAAAUAAAGGGAACACUAAAAUAACACAUCCUAGACCUGAAUGACUGAAAUAUUCCUAUUAAAUACUUUUUUCUUUACAUAGUUGAAUGUGCUGACAACAAAAUCACACAAAAAUGAUCAAUGGAAAUCAAAUUUAUCAAUCCAUGGAGCUCUGAAUUUGGAGUCACACUCAAAAUUAAAGUGGGAAACCACACUACAGGCUGAUCCAAUGUUGAUGUAAUGUCCUUAAAACAAGUCAAAAUGAGGCUCAGUAGUGUGUGUGGCCUCCAUGUGCCUGUAUGACCUCCCUACAGCGCCUGGGCAUGCUCCUGAUGAGGUGGCAGAUUGUCUCCUGAGGGAUCUCCUCCCAGACCUGGACUAAAGCAUCCUCCAAUUACAGUCUGUGGUGCAACGUGGCGUUGGUGGAUGGAUCGAGACAUGAUGUCCCAGAUGUGCUCAAUUGGAUUCAGGUCUGGGGAACGGGCGGGCCAGUCCAUAGCAUCAAUGCCUUCCUCUUGCAGGAACUGCUGACACACUCCAGCCACAUGAGGUCUAGCAUUGUCUUGCAUCAGGAGGAACCCAGGGCCAACCGCACCAGCAUAUGGUCUCACAAGGGGUCUGAGGAUCUCAUCUCGUUACCUAAUGGCAGUCAGGCUACCUCUGGCGAGCACAUGGAGGGCUGUGCGGCCCCCCAAAGAAGUGCCACCCCACACCAUGACUGACCCACCGCCAAACCGGUCAUGCUGGAGGAUGUUGCAGGCAGCAGAACGUUCUCCACAGCGUCUCCAGACUGUCACGUCUGUCACAUGUGCUCAGUGUGAACCUGCUUUCAUCUGUGAAGAGCACAGGGCGCCAGUGGCGAAUUUGCCAAUCUUGGUGUUCUCUGGCAAAUGCCAAACGUCCUGCACGGUGUUGGGCUGUAUGCACAACCCCGACCUGUGGACGUCGGGCCCUCAUACCACCCUCAUGGAGUCUGUUUCUGACCGUUUGAGCAGACACAUGCACAUUUGUGGCCUGCUGGAGGUCAUUUUGCAGGGCUCUGGCAGUGCUCCUCCUGCUCCUCCUUGCACAAAGGAGGAGGUAGCGAUCCUGCUGCUGGGUUGUUGCGCUCCUACGGCCUCCUCCAUGUCUCCUGAUGUACUGGCUUGUCUCCUAAUAGCGCCUCCAUGCUCUGGACACUAUGCUGACAGACACAGCAAACCUUCUUGCCACAUCUCGCAUUGAUGUGCCAUCCUGGAUGAGCUGCACUACCUGAGCCACUUGUGUGGGUUGUAGACUCCGUCUCAUGCUACCACUAGAGUGAAAGCACCGCCAGCAUUCAAAAGUGACCAAAACAUCAGCCAGGAAGCAUAGGAACUGAGAAGUGGUCUGUGGUCCCCACCUGCAGACCCACUCCUUUAUUGGGGGUGUCUUGCUAAAUGCCUAUAAUUUCCACCUGUUGUCUAUUCCAUUUGCACAACAGCAUGUGAAAUGUAUUGUCAAUCAGUGUUGCUUCCUAAGUGGACAGUUUGAUUUCACAGAAGUGUGAUUGACUUGGAGUUACAUUGUGUUGUUUAAGUGUUCUCUUUAUUUUUUUGAGCAGUGUAUAAACCUCCAUUCACUUUCCCCUAUGCGACUGUAUUGCUAUGUUUUAAUAACCUCUAGGUUUGGUCCUUGGGUUUGUCUCCUGUGUGGGUGACAGAUUGGUGUGCUUUCAUGUGAUUAUUUCCGCAGGUGUUAGUACUUGUGCUCGACACUGCAUAGCACCCCCACCCUUUGUAAAUAUGUAAUUCUGUACAGCUGUGAGACACAGACAGGCAGACAGGCAGACAGACAGGCAGACAGACAGACAGACAGACAGACAGGCAGGCAGGCAGGCAGGCAGGCAGGCAGUACUGGAUGUUCUUCUGUAGCACACCUUGCCACAUGACAUCACCACCUUGACCCCUGACAUUUGACCCCUAAACUUUCACCCAUUACCUUUUAGUCCUGCUGCAUGAUUACAAAAGCUAACACUAAUUAUAUGAUAAAUUACAACUAUAAAUACUUUUGUUUAUAAUACCAUUUAACGUAAUUGAACUUCUUUUCAACCAUAUUGGUGACGAAACCUGUGGAUGGGGAGCUUCGGUUGAUGAUGGAUAUAUGAAUAUACAUACAGUGUGUGAUCUUCUGCAGGUUUGGGUUCAAUUCCAUUUCAAUUCAAUUCAGUCAAUUCUGAAUGUCAACUGAAAUUCCACAUUUCUCAUUGAAAUGCAUUUUUUAUUUUUUUAUUUUACCUUUAUUUAAAUAGGCAAGUCAGUUAAGAACAAAUUCUUAUUUUCAAUGACAGCCUAAGAACAGUGGGUUAACUGCCUUGUUCAAGGGCAGAACGAUAGAUUUUACCUUGUCAGCUCGGGGAUUCGAUCUUGCAACAUUUCGGUUAUUGGUCCAACGCUCUAACCACUAGGCUAGGAAAAUUAGAAUAAGAACUAGAAUUAACUGAAUUGACAUGUAAAUUCACCCAAACCCUGUUGCUGAGCUGGAACCUUAAGUUCUCGUAGUUGGUUUGUGUUUUUGUGAAAUGAAAUCUCUUCUGACUGCAUCCCUGCACCACUCCACUGUCUGUGGACAGUCCCACCCACAGCCUUGCAUGUCAUUCCCAAUGUCACCUCACCACAACCAGGAAGGUCACUCAUUCUGUUUCUGUGUCACUACUGUGGUGUGAAGGAGAGUAGUUCAGGAGACAGUCGCCUUAUAUGUGUAUUACUGUCAGAAGCACAGAACAGUUUGGGGGGGGCGGGGUUACCUCAUUUUUUUGUUUGUUUUGUUCCUCAAAUUGCAUCCAUUUUAAUUUACAUUGAAUGAGUACUACCUUAAUGCCAUAUUUUGUACAAAAGGGAAUCCGAUGAUAUACCGACUACCUAUAAAACCAAUCAUGUUAAAUAUCAUUUUUGACUGGAAGUUUAUUUAUUAUUGAUUUAUUUAUUAUUUUCAUUGACUGAAUCAGAAUAAUGGGAAGUGCCUUGUUUGGAAUGAUGCCGUUUCCUCAUAUUAGAUAUACAACGAUGCGUGCACUGAAAUUAAGCUAAAGAUUGACGGACCCCAUUACUGAGAUGCUGAAUUUAGGUAUUAUUUGAAGUGGAAUAUGAAGUUGGUGUCUGUUAGGAUUGCAAUAUUUAUGGUAACUUUCCCAAAAUUCUGGGUUUUUCCGUAAAUAUCAGUUGGAGGAUUCCCAGUUGGAAGAUUCCCUCACUGAUUAUUCCCUUGUCCAACCAGGAUUUUCUGGAAAACCUGGACAUUUUUUGGAAAGUUACCAGAAAUGUUGAAACCCGAGUGUCUAGCGUGUCCUGUUCGAUCUGAUUCUGCAUGAUGUCACACCCAUUGUCUGCACAUACUGUAGAUGCACAUAGUCACCACUACUGACCAAUGCCCAUGUCCUCCCUAUUGGAACGAUACUACGUCCAUGACCAUGUUAUUGUUGCAUCUUUGAAUAACUAAAUAAUGUAGAAUUUAAACCUACUUUUUAAAACACAAUGGACUUAUCAGAUAGUCAUCAUCAUAUACAUGUUCUUCUGACCUAUGUAGUUACCUAGAAACUGAGCAGAAUACCUCCUAAUUUGUAUGGUUUUGUUUUGUAUCUGUAAAUGUCUUAUUUGAUCAGUGUCCUUACAUUUCAAUAAAGGGAUGAAAUAA